AUGGCCCCCGCUCCGCCCCCCGCCGCCUCGUUCUCGCCCGCCGAGGUCCAGCGGCGCCUGGCGGCCGGCGCCUGCUGGGUUCGCUGCGGCGCCCGCCUCUACGAUCUCACGGGCUUCGUGCGCCACCACCCCGGGGGUGAGCAGCUGCUGCUGGCCAGGGCUGGCCAGGAUGUCAGCGCCGACCUGGACGGGCCGCCGCACCGGCACUCCGCGAACGCACGCCGCUGGCUGGAGCAGUACUACGUGGGCGAGCUGCAAGGAGACCCGCAGGGUUCCAUGGAGAAUGGGGCUGUAGCCUCAGUCAACAGCCAGAAGACAGACCCUCCGAUGGAGCCCAAGCUGAAAUUGGUGGACUGGGACAAGGACCUGGUAGACUGGCGGAAGCCUCUACUGUGGCAGGUAGGCCAUUUGGGAGAGAAGUAUGAUGAGUGGGUCCACCAGCCAGUGACGAGGCCCAUCCGCCUCUUCUACUCAGACUUCAUUGAGGCUCUCACCAAGACUGUCUGGUACAGCGUCCCCAUCAUCUGGAUGCCCCUAAUGCUGUACCUCAGUUGGUCUUACUACCGAACCCUCGCCCAGGGCAAUGUCCGGCUCUUCGAGUCCUUCACCACAGAGUACUCAGUAGCCAUGCCCAAGUCCACAUUCCCAGGCCUCUUCAUGCUGGGGAUGCUUGCCUGGACCCUAGUGGAGUACCUCAUCCACCGCUUCCUGUUCCACAUGAAGCCCCCCAAGGACAGCUAUUACCUCAUCACCCUACACUUCAUCUUGCACGGGCAACACCACAAGGCACCCUUCGAUGAGUCCCGCCUUGUCUUCCCCCCAGUGCCAGCUUCUCUCGUUAUUGCCUUCUUCUACAUGGGCUUACGGUUCCUCCUGCCCGAGGCGGUGGGCGGCUCUGUGUUUGCCGGGGGUCUGCUGGGCUACGUCCUCUACGACAUGACCCAUUACUACCUGCACUUCGGCUCCCCGUACCGGGGCUCCUACCUGUACAACCUGAAGGCCCACCAUGUCAAGCACCACUUUGCACAUCAGCAGUCAGGAUUUGGCAUCAGCACUAAUUUUUGGGAUUAUGUUUUCCACACUCAUAUGCCAGAAGAAGCCCACCCGAAGACACAAUGACAACCCUCAACUCCCUCCCCACACUCCUCACCCUACCCCAACCCCAUCCAGACCCUAAAAUGAAGGUUGGCUUGGUCAGGCAGAAUAGGCCUUGUCUGACCGCUGGGCUGGGUAGAGGGCACUACGGAGACCCUGAAGACUGAGGCUGAUCCUGAGACUGCCCUCCUGACCUGCCACUUGGGGACCAAACUGCCUUCGGGGACUAGCUCUUUCCUAAUGCAUCCGGCCUCUCCACCUGCGUCACUGCCUAAAGCCUAAGCCCAGAGGACCGCCUCAGGACCUGGUCAAUGGGGAGCUCCCCCAGGGGAAUGAAGGAAACUGAUCCCUGGGGCAGCUGUGGCCCAUCAGUGUCUUAGCACCUUGGCCUCCCUAGGAGCUGGCCUCACACACACGGUGCAGCUGCCGGUGCGCAAAGCAGGAGCAGGUCUGUGGGGCCUUUGGCCCUCACAUUCCCUGCCUUCCCUUCCUGCCUUCCCUUCCAUUCCUGGUGGCUCCAACUGUUCUUCUCAUGAGUGGAGAAUGCUGAGGUGGAUAAAGGGCUCCCAAGAAGAGAGACAGCAUGAUACCUCCCCUGCACCCCAGAUCUGGAGCAGCGCCUGUGUCCCCCACCAAUCACAGAUGCUGGCUGUACUGUCCAUGCCUCACCCAUACCCACAUACGUGACCCUCACCUGCUGGUGUGUACGGUGCGAACUGAAUUCAACAGGCACUGAUGAAGGCCUCCAGGCUGGCGGGAACCUGUCCCCCAGCUGCUCUGGGCAUCUCCUCCUGCCUCCAGAAUCACAAAGCUUCCCCAAGGGAGGUUAGAGAGACCUUUCCAUGGGUGGAAGUCCCCCCCAUCCCUAGUCAUUCUCAACCUCUACCCUCAAGGGCAUAGAGGGCCCCUGCCCCCUCACUCAGGACCCUUCCAACCAGUGCCUCCUUAAGUCUUCAAGCAGUGCCUUACCUCCCCCCUUCUGCCUCCACCCCAGCAGAGGAGGUUCCUCCCCUUUCUUCCUCAUAACCAAAACCCUCACUGCUCAUAAGAGGGUCUUAUUUAUAAACUGUUUCAAGCCCUUAGUCUUGCCCCAGGCCCAGUAGCUGCUCUGAUCCCCUUUCUAAUCCCACAUAUCAAGCUUCUGUAAAAAAAAAAUCCUGUUUUUUGUUCCCUUCUUACCCAUAAAUGGUUACUACUUGAAACUUUAAAAACUCAAUGAGUGUAAAGGCUAUAGAGAAAGGGUUUGACCGAUUCUGUGAUUUGUACUGUUUACUGCAGAGUUAUUUAAAGAUUUUGGA